UCUGAUAAUCUGAGAAGUAAAUCACUGCGUUCAGCUCUAAGGAUGCCAACACGUAAUCGUAGUCAAAAAUCUGUGCGGUUUGCUGAUGUAAUUGGCUUGAACCUAGUCCAACAAAGUUAUUACGAAAAAGAUGAUACGGAGGAUUUAAAGAACGUAUUCAUAGUUUUCAGCAUCAAAUCGACUGAUUCGACGUUCAAAUUUAAAUUUAAAGCAUUAAAUAAGGCAUCAGUUCGUUCCAUGACUUCUGCAUUAGUUCCACUGAAUUUUUCAAAUCGUUCUCAAGCAGAAAUUAGCAAUAUUAUUCAAACACAACGAGUUUCAUUGGAUUCAGUUAAUUUUAUUGGAAUGAAUAUAACCGGCACUAUUGAUGUUCUAAAUGUUACAAUGGACAAACGAGUUUACGUUCGAUAUACAUUUGAUGCAUGGAAAACAAGUAUUGAUUCACAAGCAAAAUAUUCGAAAGCAAUCGGUGAAGAUGGUGCUAUUGAUGCAUUCAAUUUUCUUAUCGUUUUACCCCCUACUGCUUCAUGCGAAUUCUGCAUUCACUACAAUGUCAAUGGUGAAUCAUAUUGGGACAAUAAUGAUGAGAAAAAUUAUAUUGUGCAAGUAAUCGCGAAUAAAACUAAAAAAAAUGAAGAAUCUUUUUAUUGUCGACAUUCAUUCACUAUUCUAUUAGCUUUGCUAUGCGAGAAAAUCAUUUUCUUCAUAAGGAGAAGGGAGGAAAUGAGAGAGAAGGAGAGUGGUCUAAACUUGGUGCCACUCGUGUUCUUACAUUUUCUCCUAAAACAUUGA